AUGAAUGAUGAUAAUAUGUAAAAUUUGUUGAAUAAGAAACAAACUUUUGAAUAAAAAUAUGAAGUAUGAAUGUUAAUUAAAAAGGAAAUUGUAGCAUUAACAUUACGGAUCAAUUAAUUGUAAGACUCGGUAUAGAGAAAUCUUGAUUUGGAUGAUGAACAUAUGACCUUAAUCUAAUUAUAGAGAGAUCAGUCGUAUAUAUAGAUAGCAAGUUAUUUAGAAAGAAAUUGUUAGAGACAAUAUAAAUUAUGAUUAAUGAGCUUGAGAGAACUGCAAUAGGUUUCGAAUAAAAAAAAUAAGUUAAGAAUGCAAAAUAAUAAUUGACAAAAUAGAAAGAUCGAUACUAAUAAUUAUCAAAAGAAUUAAAUAAACUAUCAUUUACUUAGAUUGAACAUGGAAGUAGUAAAAUUGAACAACAGCACUAGAGUUUUGAAUAGCAGUAGUAAUAAGAAUAUAGUUCAGAUGCUUUAGAUUUAGAGUAACAAGUGAUUAAAGAGAGAUAAGAUGAUAUAAAUCAUAUUGAAAAGCAAUCAUUAACUUUAUAAAAACUAAUGAAUGAAUUGGGAUUAAAAGUUAAUGAUUAGGGUAGGUAAAAUAUGUAAUUAUAGAUUAGUAAUUAGAUUUGAUUGUGCAUGAUCUUUAAUAAACGAAAUCAAAUGUUUAAAAUGCAAAUUAAGAGAUUAAAGAAGCAGCUUAAAGUUAGAAAUAAUCAAGAUCAAAAUAUUAUAUAAUGUUAUUUAUUGCUUCUAUGUUGUUGCUUGGAACAUUGGGUGCACUUUUAAUUUCUUGA